GUCUCGCCUGCAUCGGGGGGCGGAGACUGGGGCUUGAGAAGGCCCCGCCUCUGCCCCGGCGCGGUGCCCCUCGGAAUUCUUCCCCUGCGGGGUGUUCGCAGUUGGUGUCCGGAACUUUGUUUGCGGGCGGCGGGGCGGACGGAAGGUUUUUCCGCACGGACCAGACCAGGCUGUGCCGGGAGCGGGAGCUAUGGUGGGCUGGGGGCCGCUGCUGUGCCGGGCGGGGGUGCGCCUGCUGGCGGGAAGUCCGGGUGGCCCAGUGCAGGCGGCGGCCGGUACCGGGAACAGGGGACCCUGGUGCUUUAUAGUCAGGCAUAUUAAUAGCACCAGCUGGUGGGAUGAACAUCUUUCUGAAGAGAACACCCAGUUCCUUAAGCAGUUAACAGCAGAAGAAUACAGAGCUCAAACAGCCAGUAAACUGUGUCCACUGAAAGAUGAGCCUUGGCCACUGCACUCAUGGGAACCAGGUUCCCGCAGAGUUGGCCUUGUUGCAAUAAAGUUGGGAAUGAUUCCGUUAUGGACCAAGGAUGGUGAAAGACAUGCUGUCACAUUACUUCAGGUGAAAGACUGCCAUGUUUUAAAGUACACACCAAAGGAGGAGUAUAAUGGAAAAACAGCUACCCUACUCAUUGGAGGGAAAAAUUCAUCUCCUUUUUAUAAACCAGAGUCUGCAAUGGAGGUUUUCAGAGAAGCAGGAGUACCACCAAAGCAGAAAACUACAAUAUUUAAGGUGUCAGAUAAUGCUAUAAUUAAGCCAGGUACUCCUCUGUAUGCAGCUCACUUCCGUCCAGGGCAGUUUGUGGAUGUCACUGCCAAAACAAUUGGUAAAGGAUUUCAAGGAGUCAUGAAAAGAUGGGGAUUUAAAGGCCAGCCGGCCUCCCAUGGCCAAACUAAAACACACAGGAGACCUGGGGCAAUAUCCAACACUGCUGCUGGCAAAGUUUUCCGUGGAACAAAAAUGCCUGGGAAAAUGGGUAAUAUCUACAGGACUGCUUUUGGAUUAAAGGUGUGGAGGAUCAACACAAAGCACAACAUUAUUUAUGUAAAUGGUUCUGUCCCAGGUCACAAAAAUUGUUUGGUAAAGGUCAGAGAUACAAAUGUACCUACUUACCGAGACUGCAAUAAAAAUCCUCCAUUCCCCACAUUUUUUGCUGAUGGAGAAGAAGAGCUACCAGAAGACUUGUACGAUCAGGAAGUUUUCCAGUUCACUGAUCCCUCUGUCACAUAUGUUUAGUGUUAUUGACAUCUUUAAGAACGUGCAACUUUCACAUUGUUUCUGUGAACUUUUGAAUGCUGAACAAUUACAAACCCAGAAACUGCACUCUAGCUGAAUGACCUGAACGCAUCAAACAUUAUGGGUUUUUUUUUUCAGGUAGCAAGAUUUACCACAAUCUGUUCCAAAACCGUAUUAAAACAGUGGGUGGUGGUAAGUUGGUGUGUCUCAGGGAAGGGUUUCAAAGUAAUGGGUAUAUUGCUGACUUAUCUUUUUACAUUACAAAAUCGCUUCUUGUAACUUUUUCCCUUUCACAGACUGCCAAGAUUUAUAUUUCUUUAAAUCCAUUGUCUUGGAAUUGCGUUCAUCGGUUACAUGAUUGAUGAAGUUGAGACUAUUAACAGAACAAAAUUUAUAGUUGUUUUUUCCCCUGAGGGAUAUGUACUGAUUAACUUGGACUAAACAGAAAAUAAAAGGUUUAUUAAAUAUCCCAUUUAGCCAUUUGGGGACAUAAAUGGAGUGUCUAGGACUUUACAAAGAAUGAACUUGAAAAUGUUGAGUAGAACGGGACAGGAGGGCGGGGGCGGGGGGGAAGAAUUCUAGCUUUCUCUUUUCCAGGCCUAACACCAUAGGCAAUUGCCCCAUUGUGCCUCUGGGGCUAUAAUCUUUUCCACCUUUCAUUUCCCUUUCCUCAUCAAAGCUCCUUUCCUCUUUAUUUUAGUGCUCUGAGUUUAGAGCAACAGUUACACAAUUUACAUUUCCUAGAGGAAAGAAUGAGACUAGCAAUGUCUGUCUGGUAAGAGUUGUGGCAGUGCUCGCUGACUAGAAAGGCUAGACAUUUUCAGUAAUGUGAACACCGGGACUAUAGUAGCUGCCUGUUUGUCCCCUUCAUUGGCUCCUUGUUCUGAUAACUUCAUGAAAAUGUCCCUCGCAUAAGGUAUCAGAGAAAUACGUCCCCUUCAGUUGUCUUCAUAUCUGAGAUUUUCUAUUGUUAUGGAAGAGCUUUGGGCCUGCCCUAGUAGUCUUCAUCAUUUAACAAAAAUAAACCAAGUGUGAAGGGUCUAUUGUACAAUUAAUUUCUCCCUAUCACUCCUAUCUUCUAUCCAGGCAUUCUUUUAUAAUGGUCAAAGUGCAAGUACUCUCCUUUUGGCUUUCUCUACCUUCCAUAAGGGUACAUCUACACUACAGGGGGGAGUCAAUUUAAGAUACGCAAAUUCAGCUACGUGAAUAGCGUAGCUGAAUUCGACGUAUCGCAGCCGACUUACCCCGCUGUGAGGACGGCGGCAAAAUCGACUUCUGUGGCUUCCUGUCGACGGCGCUUACUCCCACCUCCGCUGGUGGAGUAAGAGCGUUGAUUGGGGGAUCGAUUGUCGCGUCCCAACGGGACGCGAUAAAUCGACCCCCGAGAGGUCGAUUUCUACCCGCCGAUUCAGGUGGGUAGUGUAGACCUAGCCUAAGUUAUUUACUGUUUAAAGGCCUGAUCCUUUAAACCGUUACUUUACUUGCAUGAACAUUUCCUUUGAAGUCCAUAGGGCUAAUCACAAGCGUAAAAUUAAAUAUGUGCCUAUCUGUUUGCUGAAUUAGCACCUAAUUGCCUACCAAGUGCUUUGUACAGUACAAGAUUUGCAUUCACAUGUAAUGUUGCAGAGGUGGGCAUCCCUAGGCAAAGUCCCAUUUUAUGUCUGCAGUUCCUGUAAUGGUUGCCAGGAAAUCCAUCCAUUAAUUUUGUGCAGCUUCACUACAAAAGUUGAUGUACUUUAAAAUGUAUUUUAUGUUUUACUAAAUGAUUUACUGAAACCUUGAAAACAAAUAUGUAUGCCCAUCCCAGAGGUGAGGUCCCAUCCCAUUUAAAAGCAAUGUUCAUGGAGUUAUCUCAGUUUAUCCCUGUAGUUUACUGAAGGUAUUUUGAAUUUGUUAUACUGUAUCCAAGAGAUUAGAACAUCUUUUAUACACAUUAGAUAUUCACAGGGAACAUAGUAAUUUGGGAGGGAUAAUGUUGAUAUAUUUAGUGCACACAAUACAGAACUGUGAACUGGUAAUAUCUAUGUUGUUGCCACAUAGCUUGGUUUAAUCUCCGCAAGUAUCUCUAAUUAUAAGUAAAUAGGGAUACUGCAUAAUGCUCUCCCUUCACCCCUUCAAAAAUAAAAUCAGGUCAGUCAACAACGCUCAUAUAUCAUAAACCAGGGGUCGGCAACCUUUGGCACGCAGCUCACCAGGGUAAGCACCGUGGCGGGCCGGGCCGGUUUUGUUUAUCUGCCACGUUUGCAGGUUCGGCCAAUCGCCGCUCCCACUGGCUGCGGUUCGCCAUCCCAGGCCAAUGGGGGUGGCAGGAAGCAGCGGCCAGCACAUCCCUCGGCCCACACCGCUUCUCACAGCCCCCAUUGGCUUGGGAUGGCGAACCACGGCCAGUGGGAGCCGCAAUCGGCCAAACCUGUGGACACAGCAGGUAAACAAACCGGCCUGGCUCGCCAGGAUGCUUAUCCUGGCAAGCCGUGUGCCAAAGGUUGCCCACCCCUGUCAUAAACCUUAGAAGUACAUUGCUAAGAAGUUAGCACUAGCCCUUUCCAUUAUAAGUCAUGUAUUCCAAUUGUUUUUUUUAAGUGUCCAUGAGAAAGUGGAAUGUCGUAAUCUGAUGCACUGAAUGGUCGUACUAAUACUUGCAAUUUAGCCUCCUGCUGGCAACAAUGAUAUUGUUUCCUGAGGAUAAACCCUUCAGUGUUUGACGUGAUGAACCUCAAGUUUUUAUAACAUUUCAAUUUUAUUUUUAUUGCUCUCUGAAUAUAAUAUAAUGUGACAGACCCAGACCAGUGGGGUACAGGAAUCUGGUAGAGGGCAAAUAUACUGGUCACUGGAUGAGUAGUUUUCUGUUCCCUGAGUGACCAGAGCAGGGGCUGCACUAGAGUAAUCAGGAACCUGCUAGAACCAGUUAAGGCAGGCAGGCUAAUUAGGACACCUGGAGCCAAUUAAAAAGAAGCUGCUAGAAUCAAUUAAGGCAGGCUAAUCAGGGCACCUGGGUUUUAAAAAGGAGCUCACUUCAGUUUUUGUGGUGCGAGUGUGAGGAGCUGGGAGCAAGAGCCGCAAGGAGCUGAGAGUGAGAGGGUGUGCUACUGGAUGACUGAGGAGCACAAGCGUUAGCAGACACCAGGAGGAAGGUCCUGUGGUGAGAAUAAGGAAGGUGUUUGGAGGAGGCCAUGGGGAAGUAGCCCAGGGAGUUGUAGCUGUCAUGUAGCUGUUACAGGAGGCACUGUAGACAGCUGCAGUCCACAGGGCCCUGGGCUGGAACCUGGAGUAGAAGGGUGGGCCCAGGUUCCCCCCAAACCUCCCAAUUGACCUGGACUGUGGAUUCUUCCAGCGGGGAAGGUUUCUGGGCUGUUCCCCAACCCACAUGGUGAAUCUCUGAGGCAAGAAAAUCCACCAAUAAGCGCAGGACCCACCAAGAUAGAGGAGGAACUUUGUCACAAUAAAUUAAAGGAGUAUCUGUAAGAGAAGAGCCAUUCAUGUAUUUUUUUGCAACUAUAUUUGCAUUGGUUAAUCCUGUACAGCUACACAUAUAGAGUGAAAAUAAAGAAACCAAUCAAAUCAGUUGCUCCUAUACAUUUGUUAGUCUAUAAAGUGCCACAGGACUCUUUGCUGCCUUUACAGAUCCAGACUAACAUGGUUACCCCUUUGAUACAAUCAAAUCAAAUGUAGCUUAAGAUUAAUAAACUUUCAUAAUAAAGAAGGGGAAUUUGUCAUCUCAUCUUUCAAGUGUAAAAUUAUAUGCAAGUGGAAUGGGGGAUCUGAUGUCUCUAUCUACAUUUCAUAAAGAUUAGAUUCAUAGAUUACAAGGUCAGAAGGGACCAGUAUGAUCAACCAGUUUGACCUCCUGUAUAAUACAGGCCCUAGGGACUUCCCUGAAUUAAAAGUUCUAGAAGUACAAGUUUUUAUAGUGGUGGAAAUAUAUCUUAUCUCUUCAAGAGAGUGAGUUGGUUUCAAAGUUAGCAAGUUUAGUUAAGGCAAUCAGGGUGAGGAACAAGGAGGACAGAGGCAAUUGUGGACUGAAAGACGACCUAUGGUGUGGGUACCCCUACUGUGGAUCAUUUGAAAAGUAAGAAAAUGGGGAAAUCCACUCCCCAAAAAUGGUUUAACUAGGCCAAUUAAGCACAAGAAAACUUUAAAAUAUACAAUGGACUUUGCAUAUGAGGUGGUGCUGAGGUCCACAUAUAGGACAUCUGGGGAAACAGUUCUGUGAACAGUGUCUCAGUAUUGUAGCAGCUGUGGGAUAUCAAAGGAAUGUGAAAGGUGCAAGUGACCACAGAAUUGAAGAAGGGCCAUGAGGACGCUGGGACAAAGCAACAAGAAAGUGCUUGUGAGCUGUUGUCUGAGAAAAUGACAGGCUGAGAGGAGAAAGCUCUGUGAUAAAAUAGAAAGUGGUGCCAUUUAUCACCGAAACGUUUCAGUGUAUCUAGCUGGCUUAACUUUUCAGAGUGUAAGACGAGCUAUGUCAUACAAAACCACUACUUUUGUUUGAAUGAUUUUCUUUCUGUUCUUAAUAAAUCUUGUCUUGGACUGUU